CAAUUUCUUCGAAUUAUCGUAAAAACUGAGUUAGUCUUACAUCAACAUCAGUACUGACUCCUCAGUGCAGUACAUAGAUAUUUCGUCUGAAGACGAAAUUAAAAAAAAAGUGAAUCUAGUGAAUUCUCGAAAGAAGGUGGAAUAGUUAGUAGAUACCUAAGAAUGCGGCCGAGCAAGAAUUCCCUCAAAAUGAACUAUAAAAAUUCACCUAGGCGUUACUACAAGCGAGUGAAUGAGUUGAAAAGUGAAGAAUCUCGGAUUGAUCUAUCGUCAUUCUUGAAACCGAACGAUGUUGUUCACUGCAAAACUGAAGGCAGUGUGAUAGCUGAAUUUUUCAAGGGAAAAUCUGUCUUCAUAACAGGAGGAACUGGAUUCUUAGGAAAACUAAUAAUUGAAAAAUUAACGAGAUCUUGCAAGGACAUCGACAAAAUUUACAUCCUUAUUCGCGAGAAGAAAAAUAAGGACUUCAUUCGCAGAACAGAAGAGCUGUUAAACGGCAUGGUUUUUUCCGAAGUUAAAAAAGUACAGCCAGACUUCCAGAGGAAAAUUAUACCGCUAAGGGGAGAUAUUUCACUUCCCAAUCUUGGACUGAACGAGGCUGACCAAGAAACGAUAAAGAAUGAGGUUCAUGUCAUUUUCCACGUGGCGGCUACUGUCAAGUUGGAUGAAAAACUCUGCAGGUCGGUUAAAAUCAACAUAGAAGCCACUAUCGAUCUCGUCAAUCUAGCCAAAACAUGCAAAAAUCUUAUGUCACUUGUUUAUGUUAGCACUGCUUAUAGUAAUUCAAUACGCGAAGUGAUUGAAGAAAAAAUUUAUGAACCAACAGUUACAGACUUCCAAAUUCUGAAAAUGACCCAAUCGCAAAGAGAUAUAUCUGACGAGGAGGAAAAAAGAAUUCUUGGAGAAUGGAAAAAUUCUUAUGUUAUGACAAAAAAUAUAGCCGAACAUGUCAUAAAAACUCAUGGAAGUGAUCUUCCAGUUUGCAUUUUUAGACCAGCCAUAGUAACCAAUACAUUCAAAGAACCCUUGAAAGGAUAUGUAGAUAACUACUAUGGAACAAUAGGAGUAUUAGCGAACAAUUACGCUGGAGUUCUGAGGACUGCUAAUGUGGAUGGCGAGGUACUUAUCGAAAAUGUCCCAGCAGACUUUGUAGUGAAUGGUAUUAUUGUAGCUGCCUAUAAGAAUCAUAUUCUUGGGCGAGGAGAUAUAAGGAUAUACAAUUACGUUUCGUCAGAAGAGAAUCCCAUAAAAACGAGGGAUUUACAUGAUCUGGCCGCUUUUUAUGGCCAUCAGACACCCACAAUUAAAAGCCUCUGGUAUCCUUGUAACACAAUCAAUAGCAAUUUUUACGUUCACGCAAUUUUUACGAUAUUCCUCCACUUCGUACCUGCAUUUUUCUUCGAUUUGUACUUGACAUUAAUGGGGAAAAAGCCUUGGAUGAUGUCAUUUUACAAGAAAAUAUACAGAUUCAACAAGUCCAUAGCGUGGUUUGCCUCGAACGAAUGGAAAUUUUCUACCAACAAUGUUCAACAGUUAUGGAACGAAUUGCCAUACGUUGAUAAGAGAAUAUUUCCUUUCAGUAUGUCCAAAGAGAACUUCAACUGGAAUGAGUACCUCAGUCAAGUUAAUCUGGGUAUUCGAUUAUAUUUGUUACAGGAUGAGUUGCAUACCAUGACAAAUGCGAUCCGAAAACAUAAAAACCAGUACUACUUACAUAUUGGAGUAAAAUAUGGAGUAGCUUCCGCUAUGUUCUUAUCUUCUGCAAUAUUUUUUGGACGUAUUUGGGGAUUAUAGUCGAAGUGAGAAGAAUGUUCAAUGAAGCUCAACAAUUGUUAUUUCAAUAAAAUUUAAUGA